AUGACAAAACGUUUAAGAGAUGAAGAGUUUGAUGAUCUAUCUCCAGAUUCGGAGAUCACAGAGAGCCUCGAUACAUCGGUAGCACAUGAAACGCAAGCUACCUCAAUCUCUACACCUUCAGCCUUCUCCAAAAUUGUCCACCUUGAUCAGGAGAGCAACGAAAGCCCGUCAAUAAUGCGGUGCUCUUUGCCAGGUCAUCAGCGGACUUUAUCCUUCCUUUCAUACGAUGAAUAUGAAGUACACUACAAGAAGUCUCACAUGAACCGAUGUUUGGAGUGUCGCAAGAACUUUCCUUCGGAACACUUUCUUAACCUUCACAUCGAGGAAAACCAUGAUGCGUUGGUUAGUGUCAGAAAGGACAGAGGAGAAAAGAUCUAUUCUUGUUUUGUUGAAGACUGUGAUAGAAAAUGCUCAACUCCUCAAAAGAGACGUAUGCAUCUCAUCGACAAACACAUGUUUCCUCAGCAGUAUGAAUUCUUCGUAGUGAAUGAUGGCAUUGAUCACAAAAGCUCCAUGCUUAGAUCAGGACGCCAUGGACAUCGAAGACACAGCUCAGCAGUACAAAUGAACCCCGAGGAAGUUAAGCAACGCGCGGCCACUGCUGAGCUUACUUCGAGCAAGCAAAGUAAUGAACGAGAGGAGCUUAUCAGUAGACCCAAUGACGCCUCAGUGCCGAUAAAGAAUGAUGGCAUGGAAGGAUUAGAGACUUCAGUGCCAGUUCUCAAGCAAGAAGAUGAUCAAAUGAAGGGUUUAGAAACAGCCAUGUCAGCGCUGAGAUUUGUUCCGACCAGUGUCAGGUUUGGAAGAGGGCGUGGACGGGGAAGGGGAUUUAGCAGGGCCUGA